AUGGGUGAGAAAAAGGAAGGCGCAAUGAAUGAGGGCGAGAAGAAGCCCGCCGCAGCCGACGCCGGCGCCAAGAAGGACGACGGCUCGCUAACCGUCGUUUUGAAGACCGACAUGCAUUGCGAGGGGUGCGCCAAGAAAAUCAAACGAGCUGUUAAGAAUUUCCAAGGCGUUGAACAAGUGAAGACGGAGUGUGCAGCCAACAAAGUGACUGUGACCGGGAAAGUGGACCCCGCCGGGCUGAGAGAGAAACUGGAACAGAAGAUCAAGAAGAAGGUAGAUCUCAUUUCUCCUCAGCCCAAAAAAGAUGGCGGUGGAGAUAAAAAGCCAGCUGCUGCAGAGGAAAAGGCUGAGAAGAAGCCGGAAGAGAAAAAGCCGGCUGAGAAGACAGAAGAGAAAAAGCCAAAAGAGGCACCCAAAGAGAGCACUGUGGUCAUGAAGAUGAGAUUGCAUUGCGAGGGGUGCAUGCAGAAGAUGAAGAGUAAAAUCUCCAAGUUCAAAGGUGUUAAUACGGUGAGUUUUGACGCACCCAAAGACAUUGUAACGGUGAAGGGCUUCAUGGACGCUAAAGAACUCGUCCCCUACCUCAGAGAGAAGUUCAGGAGGUCCGUCGAAGUGGUCCCACCCAAGAAAGAUGACGGCGCCGCUGCCAAGCCAAAAGACGCCGCAGCCGGAGGCGAGAAGAAGGAGAAAGAAGCUGCAGGCGGCGGUGACAAGAAAGAGAAAGAAGCUGCCGCCGGUGGAGGCGAGAAGAAAGAAAUUGCAGCUGCCGCACCCGGCGGCGGAGCCCCCAAGGUGGAGGUGAACAAGAUGGAGUAUUCUGGGUACCCUUACCCUCCUUCCAGUUACUAUUGGUACGACGAAGGACACGUAUACAACCACAACAAGUUCGUCAUGGAGGCCCAAGCGCAUCAGGCGCAUGUUAGCCAAGACUCUUUGAGCCAUGGCUACGCUGUGCCGAUAGAACACCACCCUGCUCCACAGAUGUUCAGCGACGAGAAUCCAAAUGGUUGUUCGGUGAUGUAG